AUACACCGCAAAGCCGCCAUUUCUCCCCAACGAAAACACAAUUCUCAAUUCUCAAUCUCAAUUCUCAAUCUCGAACUACCCGAAAGUUUAAGGUUUAAGAGGAAAAAAAUGGUGAAAUCAGUUAAUGAAAAGAAGCAGCAAUCAAUUUUAGACAAGGUGAAUGAUUCAUCAUCUUGUAAGUAUAAGGGUGUGAGGAAGAGGAAGUGGGGGAAAUACGUAUCUGAAAUUAGGCUGCCCAACAGUCGUGAAAGAAUCUGGUUAGGUUCCUUUGACACGGCGGAAAAGGCAGCGCGUGCAUUCGACGCGGCGCUGUUUUGCCUACGCGGCAGUAACGCCAAGUUUAAUUUCCCGGAUAAUCCGCCCGAGAUAGUCAACGGGAGAUCGAUGACACCGGCAGAAAUCCAGGUAGCGGCGGCACAGUUUGCACGAUCGGAUUCAGAGCAGACCCGUCCGGGUCAGAUUGACAGUUCUCAUGUACAGUGUUCUUCUUCGCUGUCGUCCUCCGAGUCUGCUUAUUCAUCCGGGUCUGACGAGGCGACUCAGUUGGAUACUGAAAUUACCGAUAUACCCUUAGACUCAGCGUUUUUAGACCAAAUUUUGGGUAUAGAUACGGAUAAUAACGUAUCGGAUUUUGGAAUAUUUCCGGGAUUUGACGAUUUUUUGGCUCUACCGUUGCCUAGCCUCGAUAGUUGGCCCGAUGACAGUGAAGUUUCUUCUGAGGACUCAUUUCUGUGGAACUUUUGAACACAAAUUUGCCUCUCAUACUGACUUAUUCUCGAUUUUUUAGCGGCUAUUUUCGAUCGAAAAUAGCUAUUUUUAAUGACUUUUAAGUUCGAUCAAACAUAAUAUUAGUCUUUGACGUCAAAUUGUCAUUCUUUUGUCUUUACAUUUUUUCCUCUGAUUCCGUGGAGGUUCAAAAGUGAUGCUAAUUUGAUGUUAAAGGACUUGUGGAUCAUGUAAAUUUUUACAUUCUUCCCCUUUAUGUAACACAUUUGAAUACUUUGUUACUCUUCGGAUAAUCCAAUGAAAUUUAUAUUAAUAAUA